AUGCCAGGAAAACCCGUCCAAUUCAAAAUCAAACACUCACAUCAACACAACAUUCACCAAUCUUUACUUCUUAUUCUUCAAAUCAUCCACCGACUCUCCCCAGUCUUUACAUCCGAUAGUCUAUAUAUCUACCAUUUCUCUAUCAACAAGAUGCAGCCUUCCACCCUCCUUUUGCUCGCUCCUGCCCUCGUCUCGGCCGCAGUCUAUCCUCGUGUUCCUGGACAAUGGACCGUCACCUGCGCCAGUCCAGUUCGCACGCUGAACGCCGAUUACAUUGGUGAAGCGCGUAACGCCUUCAUCAGCGCCUUCACCACCGACGAGGAACACAAGAUGAAAGAUAAAUCAGUAGAGAAAAUCGUUGGCAAUGUCAAGUUGUACCUCUGCAACUACCAGGGCAACGAACCCGCGACUGGUCAGAAGGCUGGUGUUGUCAUCAACCAACAAAAGGUCGAUGCUUGGAUGGAUGAGAUCGACAAGAAGUGCGGAAAAUACAACAUCGGACAUGUCAAUGCCGAUGUCGCUCAGGGCAACUUUGGACGUACUUGGGAUCUUGCUAAGAUUUGCUAA